GCCUCGCCGUGUCCCCAACCAUCGCGAGUCGCGACCCUCGCGUUGUCCUUCCCCGUCCGUCCGCUACCCCUAGCCGCCGCCGCCCCCGAUCCCACCUCGCCUCGCCCCCUCCCUUUGACUCCCCAACCCCAGGAAGCUUCCACGCCUUGACCCCCCUCCUCUCCUAUUUAUCCCCCUCCCCCUCCACUCUCCGCCUCCCCAAGAACCACUUCACUCCAUUUCACCAGCCAACCACCGCAAGAACCCACGAGGUCGAGUCGCGAGGAGGCAAGAAACGGAUCAAGAAGCGGCAAUGGUGGCCACCGCGGCGGCGCAGCGUCGUGACGCGGAGGCGGAGCUGAACCUGCCCCCGGGCUUCCGCUUCCACCCGACGGACGAGGAGCUGGUGGCAGACUACCUCUGCGCGCGCGCCGCCGGCCGACGACCGCCCGUCCCCAUCAUCGCGGAGCUCGACCUCUACCGCUUCGACCCCUGGGACCUCCCGGAGCGCGCCCUCUUCGGCCGCCGCGAGUGGUACUUCUUCACGCCACGGGACCGCAAGUACCCCAACGGGUCCCGGCCCAACCGCGCCGCCGGGACGGGGUACUGGAAGGCCACCGGCGCCGACAAGUCCGUGGCGCACGGCGGGCGGACGGUAGGGAUCAAGAAGGCGCUCGUGUUCUACCACGGGAAGCCGCCGCGCGGGGUCAAGACGGAGUGGAUCAUGCAUGAGUACCGCCUCGCCGACGCCGGCGCACGCGGCGCCGCCAGCAAGAAGAAGGCAAGCACCGGCUCGCUCAGGCUGGAUGACUGGGUGCUGUGCCGUCUGUACAACAAGAAGAACGAGUGGGAGAAGGUGCAGCAAGUGAAGGAGGAGAAGGAGAUGGAGACUUCACAUUCGCACUCACACUCGUGCGGGGACACGCGCACGCCGGAGUCAGAGAUCGACAACGACCCGUUCCCGGAGCUGGGCUCCCUGCCGGCGUUCGACGACAUGGGGCCUGCCGCCGCCAUCCUGCCCAAGGAGGAGGUGCAGGAAAUGUACGAUCUUGGCGGCGACGACUGGCUCUCGGGGAUCAACCUCGAUGACCUGCAGGGCAUCGGACCGCUGCCGGGUGACGUCAACUUCUACGGCUCCAUGCUCGUGUCGCCGAUGGCGGCCAAGACGGAGCAGAACGGCGGCCUCUUCUUCUGAGCUCUUCUCAUCCGAGUAGGGAUGCAACUGUGUAUAGUUUGUUCAGAAUUCAGAGGGAAAAAAAUUAGUUGAUUGCACUGGUGUAGUGCAGUAUUACUGUAGUCUGGAGGUGAAUUAAUUGACAAAAUAAUAACAUUCAUUUCUUCCUGGUGUAAA